GCUUAUUUUCUUUUGUCCCUUUUUCAUACUGUUUUUUUUUACUGGUCUUUCGUUCUUUGACUUUUUACAGAAAACAAAAAGGAAAAAAUACAUCCAUAAUCAACCACGAUCUCUAUUUUUUUUUCGUAUUAUAAUUUAUUAUCGUACUACUUGUCAAACAAACGCAUAUCGAAACCAUGAACGUCGCUCGUCAUUCCGCGGAUCCUGAAGAUUAUUACAUUAAGCAAGAGCGCAUUGGCAAGGGCUCUUUCGGCGAAGUUUUUAAAGGCAUUGAUAAACGAACGAAUAAGCCUGUUGCGAUAAAAAUCAUCGAUUUGGAAAGCGCCGAAGAUGAGAUUGACGAUAUUCAGCAGGAGAUUGCCAUCCUUUCCCAGUUGGAUUCGCCCUACGUUACAAAAUAUUAUGGUUCCUAUCUCAAAGGUGCUGGGCUAUGGAUCAUCAUGGAGUACUGUUCAGGUGGAUCAUGCAGUGACUUGAUGAAAGCCGGCGUGAUUCGAGAGGAAUACAUCGCCAUCAUCCUGAGAGAGCUGCUUAGAGGAUUGGAUUAUCUGCAUACAGAAGGAAAAUUACAUCGAGAUAUCAAAGCGGCCAAUAUCCUCCUCGGUGCCAACGGUGAAGUCAAGCUGGCGGAUUUCGGUGUGUCAGGACAGAUUACAGCAAGUUUAACGAAAAAGAAUACAUUUGUUGGAACGCCGUUUUGGAUGGCGCCUGAAGUGAUUAAGCAAUCGGGAUAUGAUUACAAGGCCGAUAUUUGGUCGUUGGGAAUUACCGCAAUAGAACUAGCGAAAGGAGAACCACCUUACGCAGAACUGCAUCCUAUGAAAGUGUUAUUCCUUAUACCCAAGAGCCAGCCGCCCACCUUGACUGGUUCUUACAGUAAAACUUUCCGCGACUUUAUCAAUGCAUGCUUACAAAAGGAUCCCGCCCAGCGGCCGACGGCAAAGGAUCUUUUAAAGCAUAAGUUCAUAAAGAGCGCAAAGAAGAUUGCCUAUUUGACGGAACUUAUUGAAGCACAUGAACGAUGGGUCAACAUGGGAAAUGGAAAAGACAGUGAUUCUUCUGAAGACGAAUCAAAUAUUGACGUAGAGGAUGAUGGUGGUUGGGAUUUUGGCACCGUCCGUCAUUCAGCGCCGGUUCCUCCCAAAGCAGCCCCGAUACCAUCGACGUACAGUCGAUACUCUUUAAAUGAAUCACAACAAUCGCCUCAGCAACUGCAGCAUGGUCGUAUGGAUCAGCAGCAACAACAGCAUCUUGGAGGUGGCCAGUUUCCAAGAUCUGCAAGUAAAAACCAAAUUUCUCCCAUGGCCCGCUCAAGUGAGAUAACGGUGAGUCAUUCGUGUGACAUUCAAGCAAAGGAUGGGAACAUCAUGGUUGAUAAAGAUAGAUACUGAUCCCGGAUUGCUGUAGUCGACGAUGCAAAAUUUGGCUUUAAGAAAUAGUCCGAGUGAGAACUUCAAUCAAGACACAAUUCGCGCUGCGGACAAGUAUACUCGUCCAUCGGUUCGUGGGCCAGAAAACGGUGUACAUCAACCUCAUCACGGACAUGCAUCGUCCAU